CCCGUACAAGAUUCUUAAUUACGUCUACAAAAGGGACAAGCGGUAAAAAAAAGUAUGGAUGGACGUGGCUGUCUUCGUUUUCUGCCAGUGACCUGCUGAAAUAGACGAUCUUUGUUGGAAUUUUGGUGUAAAAUUAUAACAAUGCUAUUGUUCUUCCGGUUGGAAUAUAUUUUAAUAAGUGGAUAGAAAAGUUUGAAAUAUUAAGAGUUGCAUCGUUAAUACAAACGAAAUCAAGCAAACAACAAAACAAACCAUUUAUAUGUAUUUACCAGCGCAAUAGCUGUCAAAUUAAAAGCACACCAUUUAUUUUUGUUUCUUCUGGGUGUGGUGCUGCUACACUAGACUCCAGUAUAAGAUUCUUAAUUACGUCGACAACGUGGCCUUCUGGACUACAAAAACAUAUAAACGGUCAAGUUUAACAUUUAGGGUGAGUGAUUUGAAGUAAACAUUUAGGAAAUUUGUGAGUCACAUAGUCACCAAUUUAUAUUAUAUAGUCCUCAAGUUGACCUAGCUAUGCUAAGCUAUUGACGUUAGCAUUGUCAAUCGUCUUACUUUUUAUAUUACAGUAAUAUUGAAGUAUUCAUGUACCUCAAAUUCUUUCUUUGAUUGUAAAUAGCAAAUUGUGGGUCACAAACAUAUCGAAAUGGGUGUUUUAAUAUACACUUGGUAAAUCAGCUUAGCUAGCUUUGCUAUGGUAGCUUUUUUCUCUCCACAUUGCUUAAUUGACUUGAAUUGACUCUUGGCAAAAACAACUAACUUGUCAGUUCAAACUACCGGAAGAAAUGAACAAUUUAACGUUUUCCACCAACAACCGUAGUGCUACAAAAACAGAUCUCACUUUGCUUCUGGAGUGUGUCAAGUUCCAGAUGAGAUGUCCUGCUGUGCAAAAGCAAGCCCUCAUCACCAUUAAUUCCAUAUGUGAGAAGAGAGAGGACAAUGUGGACCUGCUGAGAGAAAUUGGAGGGGUUGCAUUUUUGUACAACCUCUCCAAAUCUGGUGUUGUUCAUCCAGAUGUAAAGGUGACAACGCUGUUUGCGUUGGGUACGCUAGCAGAGGCUAAUGUGCUUUGCAAGAAUUUUCUGUGUCGAAAGGAGAUGUUCAUUGACCUCGGUGGCUACAUAAGGGAAGAAAGCACUUCAAUGAGGCAGAAGAGCGUGUCUAUCUUUCUGCUGUCCGUGUUGGUGGCUAGCAACAAAGUAGGACAGACUUUAGCACAAACGACUGGCUGUGUAGAUAUCCUGCUGGACCUCUUUAGAACCACAUUCCCCGUUUCAAACGAAGAUUCUUUGAGCGACGCCAAAACUGCAGACAACCUACGUUUAUGGGUGUCGGUGUCAAGUGCCCUCUGUGGAUGUGUCAUCAACCCUCAGAAUGAGGCGGGUCAGCGUAUUUGCGUGGCGUCCUUUCCCGAAAUAAAAAAGUGGCUUCAUCAGGGUCCCCUGCCUGGCGGUGAGGUCUUUCAACACCUUUGCUCCUUCAUUGCAAUGACAGUUGCCAACAAUAUAUUUGUUCAGGAGCAUUUUGCUGCUUCUGGAGUGUUGGAAACUCUCAUUCACACACUGAUACGCCUGACCUCUGAAUCUGAAACAAGCACUUCGUCUUUCCACCGUUCAGUAACGAUAACCAAGACCUUGUCAGCUUGUGUCGCUGAUAACUCACUGGCUUCAGAGUUGGCAAAGUACGGUGUAGUGUGUCAUCUCUUCUCCCUGCUGGCUAACCCAAACUUGGACAGCGAGGACGGGCUUACAGUGCUCAUCAUGAUGGGCCACUGCACGCAGGCCUCUGAGGAGCACCAGUGUCAGCUGGUGCAGUGCGGAGGCCUGCCACUCAUCAUCACGCUACUCGCUGAAGCAACCAGUGAGGCGGAAAGGAAGGCUGCAACAUUUAUACUGGAAACUUGCAAACAGGCCACCAUGUCCUUGGGAAUGUCUGCUGAGACACUGAAACAAGGAGAUGACACAAAAGAAGAGAUUGGCCAUCUUUCUCUUCCUCUGGCCUCAAGUUUGGCGGAAGUCGACCGUUCUCCACAGAUGGCCCCCACUUUUUCUAAAAUGCUGGACGCCACUAAUGCUAUCAAGACAGAAGAGGAAGAAGACAUUCAAAUGAAGAGUGUACACUUUGGUGAAAGGACUCACAAAGAAAAGGCGGGAACAAGCGAAGGGAAAGUUCAGUGCCGAGUGUGCAAAGGCACCGGAUCCAUCAUACUUUCUCUUGCAGGAGGCAGAGAUGCAGACACAGACAGUCACCCAUUGAAACCUCCAGAGCCUCAAGAACAAAAUGUGGGAGAAUCAUUUUUAUUCAGUGAUUGGAAAAAGUCACAGGACAAUACUAUACAAAUAAAGGAAAUUCCAGAGGAAGAACAGUCCCGUUGUAUUGAAAGAUGUACAGCUUGUGUGCUACCUUUCGAGAGAGUGACCAGUCGCACUUUCGCGUCAAUCCUGUCGUCCUGCCAUCAGAACUGUGACAUGCACGGGGUUCUACUCAAUGCCACAGAACGCUUCAGGGCCCAUCACCACGGCGUGCUGUCUGAGGGAGACAACAACAAGGACGACAUAGUGGAAGCGACUGACCAACAAUCGGAGAGAACGUCAGUGUUGCAGGAGAGUCAGGCAGCCAGGGGACCAAGGAAGAUUCCUUGUUUAAACCUUUCUAAAAACGUCAGACUGACUCCCACCUACAGAGGAGCCGAGUACUCGCUGUCAAGAUGGAAACGCCAGAGGUAUAAUGGGAUUACUUUGACGCCAAUGUGAAUAACCUUGAGCAAGACCGAAAAGUGAAGCCAUUGGAUGUUGCUGGCUGUGCAAUCCUGGACCAAAUAUCAUGUUCUGUAAUGUAUAAUAAUUGUUUUUCUACAAGGUUUAGUACUUUUUUUGUUGGAUAAAAACAUGUUCUGCAGCACCUUUUAAUCAUUUGCAGUCAUUGUU